AUGAUCCCGAAUGCAGCUACCUCUGACAAUCUUAAGAGCGGGCAAGAGUCAACCAGCGUCAACAUCGUAUACCAUUCCAUCAUAGCACCUCAGCUCAUAGAACUCAAGAGCGGUGAAACGUACAGUGGGAUCCUUGCUUCUUGCGAUUCAUUCAUGAAUGUUCACAUGGUCAAUGCAAUAUGCACAUCAAAGAGGGGCGACGAGUUUUGGAAACUAGAUGAGUGCUUUAUUCGGGGAAACAAUGUUAAAUCAUUCCGCCUGCCGGAAGAAGUUGCCGAUUUAGCUGUUGAGGAUGCAAAAGGUACCCGUGAGUUUUCUGUGAUGUAUCAAUGUGACGUAGCCACAGCAAGACCGUCCACGUCCAAUUCCAGGGCAAGAGGUAGUUUCUUUAGUGUGAUAAAUGAUACCAAGUAG